AUGCUUCGCUACCCAGCCGGGUCGGUCCGAUUAGAAUGGCUGUCGUGGUGUUCGGCCCGUACUCGCUUAUUCAAAGUCCGGCAAUUAUAUCUGGCCCGCCCAUAUAAAACCCGGCCCGAACCCAAAAAAAAUAAAAAUUUACUUCGUGAUUCGUCGCUAGGCUGCUUUGCAAUUCGCAAUCCCUCCCUGUUCUCCUCCAGAACCCGAAGACCUAGCCUGUCGAAAAAGCGCUUGCUGCUGCCUCUUCUUCCUUCUCUCGAGAGCGAAGACUCGAACGACGGCAGAGGACACCGGUGCUCCGCAUCCCCGAUCUGCUCUGCCAGCUCGACUGCUCGCCCUUUGUAUAUCAUUCCCUGUUCUCCCAAACCGGAAGACCGGAGACGUAACCCUCAAAAUUUAUCACUGCCUCUUCUUCCUCCUCUCGAACAACGGCACUUGCGCUACAUAUUCACCUCUUUUCGGUCAUUCGGCGUGCUCCUCCACCUCAUUAUGGAGGUUCCAAGUUUUAUACAACAGGCAAUAGAAGUGAGGAAACCUGGAGGGGACUUGGAGCAAAGGAGCUUAAUUGCGGACUAGUGCCUAGGCGCUAGUCCCUCACCCGAAAAACUUGCACGUGACGCCGCGUCUAGGCGCCAAAUACUAGGGUGGCGCGAUACUAGAGCCCAGGCGCCCAUGCCUUCUUUAGCGAACAAAUAGACUGGCGCAUAGGUGUUAGUAAUUGCCUGGAACAGUUUUGGCAGUUCGGGAAACCUGUCGCAGAGAAUUGUGGGGGAGUUACUUAGGAGGUUGUGGAGUGAUUUUUUUGCUAAGUAAUAGAGCCUAUAUAUGUGUAUGUAUUAGGGACUUAAGAGGAUUGAUGAAUGGGGGUUGCCAAGAUUGUUGAAUGUGGAGAGAUUGAUGAAUUGUGAGGGUUGGCUUGUUGUAGAAUCCUUCUUCCUCUUCUAGUGGAGAGGAGAGGGAGAGGCUUCAAGAGCAGCAGCCCAAAUUCAGAAGGAGCCUUGGUUAAGCAUCUUCAGGCCAUUGUAAAGGAGAGGAAGAUAAUUCUCAUUUGUCUUUAUUGAUGUAUUUUAUUUGUAAACAUUUGGAUAGUGGAUUUCUCUUAUUUCAA